ACACCCGGAAGUUGAGAGUCGGAAGUGGGAUUGGACAGGUUAUCCUCAGGGGUGGGGAAGCGGAGGCCCAGGAGGAGUGGGGAAAAGAAGGCCGAGGAUCCAGACUAUUUUUCUGAAUCCGAUACCGAUUCUCUUAGUCUCAGGGACACUGAAAAAGAGAAGGGUGUCUCAUCCCGCUUCCUCCCCGCCUUCCUUCUUCUCAGCCUUAACCAUGGCCGAGGCAGGGGCUGGGCUGAGUGAGACCGUCACUGAGACAACGGUUACCGUGACAACAGAACCCGAGAAUCGGAGCCUAACCAUCAAGCUGCGGAAACGGAAACCAGAGAAGAAGGUGGAAUGGACGAGUGACACUGUGGAUAACGAACAUAUGGGGCGCCGUUCAUCAAAAUGCUGCUGUAUUUAUGAGAAACCUCGGGCCUUUGGCGAGAGUUCCACGGAGAGCGAUGAGGAGGAAGACGAGGGCUGUGGUCACACUCACUGUGUACGGGGCCACCGCAAAGGACGGCGUCAUUCAACUCCCGAACCGACCCCCACCACCCCUCCACAGCCUCCGGACCCUUCCCAGCCCCCGCCAGGGCCAAUGCAGCACUAAAUUCCUCUCAUCCCUGCCAUCCCUGUGUUCGGCUGGCCCUGAAUGUAUCCAUGUGGCUACUUAAGGACUAAACCCAUCGUUUGAUCCCUUCUCCAAGCCCUGUUCCCCUCUCCACUGCCUGAUAGAUGGAAGGGGGAGGAGGGUAGAAGAAGGUAGCCAGAGAUCCUGGAAUUCUGACUUGCUGCUAUUCUACAACCCACACUUCUGGGUUCUCCCAGCUCUCAUUUCUCCAGCACCCCUCCUUCUCGCUCCAGGGUCCAAGCACCUUGGUCCCUGUCUCUUCCCUUUGUUCUCACUGCCAAACUGCCUGUCCUGGGAUCCAGUUAUCUUGGCCCCCUGCUCUCUCUACUUGAGUCUCAAACACUUAGAUUGAGUUUCCAACAGCUCCAGCUUUCACUGCCAGGGUCCCAGUCAGAUUCCAGGCAAUCUUGCCACAGCUAUGCUUGUUUUUCCUGGCUUAGAACUCUUUCACUCGUGUAUUUAUAUAAUCCUAACUCUUCCUCCUUGCCUGAGGAAUGGGAGGCCUUCUGGGAGACCUCAGGGCUCCCAGCCUUCCCCUGGCCUUUCCACCCAUCUCCUUGUGCCCUCAAGGGGAGUUAGGGAAGACAGGUCUUUGUCAUUCUCACCUUUGAUGGAAAAUAGAAAAUGUCAUGAAACUUCUCCUAUCAUGUGAUCUAGGAUUUCGGACAAAGCUGGCUUCGAGACGGGUCACUUAGUGCCAAGUCAGCCUUUGGUCUUCCAACUUUGGAAACAGAUCCAGUACAGUUCCAGGGGCUUCCGUCUCUGGGAGUGGGAGGGAAAGAGAGGGCGCAGUGAUAGGGGUAGACCCCCUUCUAACUCUUACCCCUUCCUUCCUAAGCUUGAUGCCUCUGCCUGCCCAGAUGUCCAGCCCUCCCCUCCCUUCUUACUAGUAUCAGGAUGUUCUCCAGGCCUCUUGCCAUGCAUAAUUGCAGAGAUCAGUCAAAUCCUUAUCACCACUGAGAUCUCAUUUAUUGCCACAGAUGCACAAAAUAAAUAACCCAACAUCACAAAAUGUGUUAAAUACGGACCCAUUUAUACACAUGGGGUAAAGAGGUGAGGCUAUGUACAGAGAUGAGUUUGGGGUGUCCAGCUGAUUCCCGGGUUGAGGAAAGAAGAGGUAGCACCAUUGGUUCCUUACUAUGAAUAUGUGCAAAAGGGAGUUUUA